UUUUUUAAAUCAUACUUUGUGUGGCUCCUUCACUCAGCCUGUUGAUUUGCUGUAGAGGUCUGUGUGUGUUGGUUGUCACCUCACCGGCUGCAGCUGUGUGUUCACAUAAGUGAAGAAACACACUAAGGAUGGCCGGGGAGUGUGUUCCAGAGGGUCCAAACCUGAAGGAGAUGAGCGAUGAGGAACUCUGGGAGCUGAUCAAUGACAACCGCCACCGGAUCUCCUUAGGGGUCCGACCAUGCAUCUUGAUCCCGUAUCUGAGGCAGGUUAAGGUUCUCACUGAGGUGGAUGAAGAUGAGAUCCUUUCCUGUCAUAAUCUGACUAACCGCUGCAUGAGAACAAGCUACAUGUUGGAUCUGUUGAGAACACAAGGAAGAAAUGGAGCUAUAGCUCUGUUAGAGGGCCUGAUGAUCCAUUAUCCAACUCUCUACACCCAAGUUACAGGACGUAAGCCCAGCACAGAGCCCUCCAGAUUCAGUGGUCUGAUCAAGUACUCGGAGCUCACUGAGUACCUGAUCAGGGCGGUAACAGGAAUGCAGACAGAGUUGCAGGAGGCCCGCAAUGAGGCAGGCAAGAUGAGCGCACGCUGCUCCUCCUUGGAGUCGGAGGUUGGACAACUGAUGGAGCAGGAAGAGAAGUCCAGGAACCUUCAGGCAGAAAACGGACGUUUGCAGAGACACUUGAGUUCCUUGCAACGGGAAGUUACCAAGCUGAAGGAUGAAAAGUGUGAUCUAUACAUCCGCUACACUGUUGCUAUUGAAGAGAAAUCUGCUCUUAACGGCCGGCUCCACGACCUGAACCUGCAGGUAUAUCAGCUGCAGACGGAGCUCCAGAAUAUUCAGAUGGAGAAGGAGUUCCACAAACAGCGCUCCCUUCGAAAUCUUUUCUCUUCUCACACCCCACAGCUGCAGGAGGCUCAUGAGGACAUCCUGGAACAGGACCUAGCAGAGGCAAUUAACAGUCAGGUGGAGCUUGCAGAGCACCUAAAGAGCUACAGAGAAGAAAAUGAAAAGUUGCUGAGAGAAAAACAAGGGCUCCUGGAUCAAACAGAGACUCUGAGCCUCCAGGUGCAGCAGCUUUCUCUGGACUGUAAAAUGCAUCAGCAGAAGAGCACUGUGGUUCAGAGUCAGAUGAAGGAGCUUCAGGUUGAGAGAGACCAGGCCUACCAGUCCAGAGAUGAUGCCCAGGCUAUGAUCGCCCGCAUCCUGGCUGAGAAGGACACAUUGAGGAGUCAGCUGGUGGAGCUCCAGGAGGCCGUCUUUGCGCUUCAAGCUAAGCGGAGCCCUAGGAUCAAACUACAAAGCUCGGAUGUGAAGGAGAGGAGCUGGGACAGCGAAACCUCCAGCUCUGAAGAAUGUCUGCUUCCUGUUCGACGAAGGCUUCGACGCAUGGAUGCUCUCAACCCCAUGUCCCUAAGUUCUUGUCUUUCAGAAUCAGAAAAUGCUUUGCCGACCAGUGUCCGAUCCAAAGGUGUCGAGCCACCCAGUCCAGAGUCUCUCCGUCGAAGACAGGAAAUUUUAUACAAAGACAGCAGUUUGGAGGCAGCGGAGACUGACUCUCUACUGGAUGAAUUUGUGUUCCUUCCUGAUGCAGGAGGUGAAGACGAACAGAAACCCAGAUCUCCCUCUACUCGUAGCUCUGUCUGCCUCUCCAGAAGCUCAGCCCCCCCCUUCCUUGUGCGCUCUCGUCCAAAAGCGAUACGUGUAAACGGCCGUGUUCUCAGCAUCUCCCUCCAGUGUGAGGCACUGCUUAGCCAGAUAACUGUAGUGGGAGGAAAUAAGUCGGGGGUGUUUGUGCACCAGGUGACUGAAGGCAGUGCUGCCCAUACUGUUGGCAUCUCCCCUGGGGCGCAGAUAGUGGAGGUCAGGCAUGAGCAAAAUAACAAAGCUCUGAAGAUGGUGUUGGAGGACUCCACUUUAGAAGAAGCUACAUGGGCUCUCAGCCAGGUUUCAGGCUUCUGUCAGCUGUCCCUUCGCCCCAGGCAAAAUGACUACGAGGCUCUGCUGCAGCAGCUGCAGAACAGCAAGAUGUCAUCAGGAGACUCCUUCUACAUUCGGGUCAAUCUAUCCCUUUCUGCCGGUGCCAGCUGGACCUUGGCCGUGUCCUGCAAUGAUAUCCUACAUGUGACAAACACACGACCUGCUGGCACUGAGGAUCUGUGGCAUGCCAGCCAAGUCCACCCGUGUAAGCUGCUCGAUCUCCAGAGCGGUACUGUACCCAAUUAUUACAGGGCGCAAAGACUAUUGAUUCAAACAAUUGAAGAUAUGAGCUUUCAGACAAAAAAGUGUCAAAAGGUUGGGCGACUGAACACACAAAGCGAGCAGAAGGUUGUGAGAAUUGUAAGCACAGGGCGUCAGGGGAGGAACCCUCUGUGGGUCAGUGUGGAGGAGGAAAACAACAAGAGCACAGAGUCAGGUCCUCCAUCAGCAUCCAAAAGCUGUGUAACCCUCAUGCCCUUCACCCUGGUUACACCUCAUUUCCCUCCAGUCUGCAGACCUAUCCUGCUGUUGCCUACAAUACUGGGCCGCAUGCUGGACAAGAAGCUGGCCAGCUGGCAGGGCUUCCAACUCUGUGAGCCUGAGGUUUUGACCUCCAGCGAGCAUGCCGCUCGACUCCAGAGGUCUGAGAUUCUGGAGGAGGUUGAACCGGGCGGAAAUCAGUGCUUCACCCUUCAGAGUGUUGACAAGGUCAUGAAAAAGGGCCUUCACUGUGUGCUGCCCUUAGGCCUGGACUGUGUGCGUCGGCUGCACCGCUACGAGAUCUUUCCAAUUAUCAUAUUCAUUGGCGUAUCUGCGCGCAGUGCGCGUAAACUGAGGUCAAAGCUGCAGCGUAAAGGCCAGACGGAGGAACAGCUGCUGUCAUGUUUGAAGAGCGAGGAGCCGCUGCUGGACAAGCUGCCGUGUCUGUACCACAGCAUGGCACCUGACUCCUGGUGUGACCUCAACUCGCUGCUGACCAGCCUCCGCACCAUCAUCUGGGAGGAGCAGAGGAAGAUCGUCUGGGUGGAGCCAGAUCUGUGGUGAAGAAGGAAGAGAAUGCUUGAUUCUCAGCUUUGGAUACUACAAUAAUGAAUAAGCUUUACAAGAUAUUUUUUUGUAGACAUGAGUAUGUAUCUGUGAUACUUUUUAGUAUAUAAGAUAUUUAUAGAUUGUAUUUGUUUAUAACAAGCAUAUUUAAAAACUCAAAAAAAAGAAGUAAAAAAAAAUCCAAUGAACUUUGUUUCCAAGUUUGAAGAUGUUUCGCUUCCCAUCCA